AUGCUCUUGGAGUUGGAGUCCUUGACGUGGUCGGAUGGUUACCAACGUACUGCAGAUGCCACUGGCACGUUGCGGCGCAAUGGAAGGUUCGACGCCGUGCAGCGCCUGUUGACGAGGAGGAGCGUGGAAGGGGAGGCACCGGAAGCUGAGCGUCCUUCUCGCCGGUCCUUGGAAUCGGUCGGCAGCACCGGAAGUCGAACCAGCUCCUCCAGUUGCUUCACCCGGCUUCGCGACAGCGAGCGAGAGCCGGUGAAUCCCAAGUCCUUUGAGUUCCUGGUGCGGUUGGGUCGCGGAGCCUUUGGAGAGGUCUUCCAAGUGAGGCACAAGGUCACCGGAAAGAACUAUGCCAUGAAGGUCCUCCACAAGGAGAGGAUCAUGAGCAGCAACUUGCUGCGCUACGCAAUGACCGAGCGGAACAUCCUCUCCUACAUCCAGCAUCCCUACAUUGUAUCUUUGCAGUACGCAUUUCAAACACAAAAGCAUUUAGUGCUAGUGAUGCAGUUCUGCCCCGGUGGAAACCUGCAGCAGCUCAUCCAACGAUACCGCGGUGGCCGAGAUCGCUUCCCUCCUCCCUUGGCCCAGCUAUACCUGGGCGAGGUGCUGUUGGCCUUGAAGCACCUUCAUGCGAGGAAAAUCAUCUACAGAGACUUAAAGCCUGACAAUGUGGUGUUGGACACCCAGGGCCACGCUCUGCUGACGGACUUUGGACUCUCCAAGGACGGAGCGCCACUCUCAGGAGAGUCGGCGAGGACCGUGGAGGUCGGUCUGAGACGACCGGAGACGACCCGAUCCCCGGCGAGGACCGUGCAACGGCAUUUGGGCACCCGCACCCACUGCGGAUCGGUGGCCUAUAUCGCUCCAGAGGUCCUGCUGCGACAGAAGUACAACCACACCGUUGACAUCUACAACCUUGGUGUGCUUUUGUAUAACAUGCUCAUUGGGUUACCGCCCUUCUUCCAUCACGAGAAAGAGAUCUUGCAGAGAAACAUCAUGUAUGCACCGCUGGAUCUGCCGAGGGCUGUCUCCUUUGCUGCCCGAUCCUUCAUCCACGGCACCAUGGUGCGCGAGCCGCGCAACCGGCUCGGUGCCUCCUCGACGGAUGAGCUACAGCGCCACGACUACUUCGCAGACAUGGAUUUUGAGUUGCUUCAGCAGCGAAAGGUGCCGUUGCCCGAACAGCUGCCAGAUGGAGAGCCGAAGAUGCCGUCGAAGCCAGGCUCCACUCCCAAACUGCCACGGAGCUGUUCCGGCGUGGCUGGAUGGGACUUCGAAGCACCCAAGGCCACCGAGACCUGCAUGCCCCGGAGGCCGCGCAGCUGGCGCCUCCGCGUCUGUGGUCUACGCUGGUGA